UUGGUUCAGUAGCCACGAGAAACUGCUUUAUUAUAUUGAAUGGGAUACCCAGCGCGAUUCGAAACUGUCCGACCUGUCUCGGCGAGUCUUGAGCUGCUCAAAUUCAUCUGCCAGCUGCAUAUGAGACCUCCAUUUUUGUUUCUCCGGUCCGUUCCGCGCGGUCAUGCGUGACGGCGUGGGCGCACCAGCCGAUGCCGAUCGGGCCGCCGCGGAGGUUGGACGAUGCAGCCAUGAGCCGAUGACGUCCGCGACUCACGAAGGGCCGUUCGUUGCAGACGCCAUGGAGUGCCUGCACCACGACCUGCGGCACGAGGGGCUGCACCGCCACAUCCACGUCACCACCAUCCAGCCCUUCUUCAUCAACACCUUCGCGCGCCUGGGGAGCGCCCUCAAGUUCGGCGGUCCGUUCCGGGCGCUGAUGCGGUUCCUGGAGCCCGACGAGGUGGCCAGGCUGGUGGUGGAGGCCGUCGCCGCGCGGAAGCACGUCGUUUGCAUUCCGGGCCACGUCAGUUUGGUCGGCAAGCUGCUGGGCUUUUUGCCGCGACGCGCCCUGGCCUUCGUCUUCGAGCGCGUCAUGAGGUUGGAGUCGCGGCCGCCGUUCUCCUACGAGCACCGCCACAAGGCGCUGGACCCCUGCAUCCUGCACGAGCUGCUGUCCAAGGGCUACCCGCUCGAGGAGGACCCGGUGGACGUGUGCGCGGGGCUGUGCGCCGACCUCGGCGACGACCUCGGCGACGACCCCCAGGGCCUGCAGGGCCUCCAGGACGGGCCGCUGCAGUACGACUUCAGUCCGUUCUCGCGUCAAGUCGCGGAAUUUUACCGAUCGCGUGGCCAGGACAUCCCGCCUUCCGUCAGGAAGGUGUUCCACGUCGCGUAGCGUCGCGCGCCCCGUCGGCCCGCGCGUUGCCCUGCAACUGUUUGACAUGUAGUGCGAAACGGGCAGGAA